AUGACCGCGGAAUAUGUUUUACGGUCCCUGCUGAUGCUCUUCCUCGCGCUGCUCUCGGCCAACGCCAGUAACUGGCUGUACCUGGCUAAACUGUCGUCGGUGGGCAGUAUCAGUGAUGAGGAGACGUGUGAACGUCUGCGAGGACUCAUCCAUAAACAGGUGCAGAUCUGUAAGCGCAGUGUGGAGGUGAUGGAUGCUGUUCGGCACGGGGCUCAGCUAGCCAUAGACGAGUGCCAGUUUCAGUUCCGGAACCGCCGAUGGAACUGCUCCACACUGGAAACCAUGCCUGUCUUUGGCAAGAUUGUCACACAGGGCACUCGGGAGGCAGCCUUUGUUUAUGCCAUCUCAGCAGCCAGUGUGGCGUUCGCUGUGACCCGGGCCUGCAGCAGUGGAGAGCUGGAGAAAUGUGGUUGCGACCACAACGUCCACGGAGUCAGUCCAGAAGGGUUCCAGUGGUCAGGCUGUAGUGAUAACAUUGCUUAUGGAGUGGCCUUCUCUCAAUCCUUUGUUGAUGUGAGGGAGAGGAGUAAAGGACAGUCCCCCAGCAGAGCACUCAUGAACCUACACAACAAUGAGGCCGGGAGGAAGGCCAUUCUGAGCCACAUGCGUGUGGAGUGUAAGUGUCAUGGCGUGUCAGGGUCCUGUGAGGUGAAGACCUGCUGGAAGGCCAUACCCCCAUUCCGCAAGGUGGGCAACGCCAUCAAGGAGAAAUUCGACGGCGCCACAGAGGUGGAGCAGCGCAAGGUGGGCACCACCAAGGUCCUGGUGCCACGGAACUCCCAGUUCAAACCUCACACAGACGAAGACCUGGUCUACCUUGACCCCAGUCCCGACUUCUGUGACCACGACCCGCGCACACCAGGCAUGCUGGGUACAGCGGGGCGGCAGUGUAACCGGACAUCAAAGGCCAUCGAUGGCUGUGAGCUGAUGUGCUGUGGCCGGGGCUUCCAGACAGAGGAGGUGGAGGUGGUGGACAGGUGCAGCUGUAAGUUCCACUGGUGCUGCUAUGUCAAGUGCAAACAGUGCCGCAAGAUGGUGGAGAUGCACACCUGCCGGUGA